GUAGGAAACACCCAUACUUUGGGCAGGUACACCAUCCAAGAUAACUUCUCUGCGCAACUCCGAUUCACCUGAGCACUCCUACUCUCACCUCAUAUCCGUUGUUCCUCCUCCUCCUCCUUCUUAUACCAGCGUCCCCCCUUCGUCAAUAGAAAAAUGUCUGCCCAAAACUCAGCGGGCAUUCAGACCCUGCUAGACGCAGAGAAGGAAGCCCAAAAGAUUGUCCAGAAAGCCAGAGAAUAUCGAACAAAGAGAGUAAAGGACGCCAAAACGGAAGCUCAGAAGGAGAUUGAGGAAUACAGAAAGAAGAAGGAGGAGGAGUUCAAAAAGUUCGAGUCCGAGCAAUCAAGCGGGAACAAGAAAGCCGAAGACGAUGCAAACAAGGACGCAGAUGCCAAAGUGAAGGAAAUCGAUCAGGCUGGGAAGAAGGCUGGAGCGAAGGUUGUCGAAGACCUGAUCAAAACGGUCAUGUCUCCUCAACCUGAAGUGCCAGAUAAGAUCUCCAGGGAGGACUGAGAUACGGGUCACAGGAGGAACUGCAGGGUUUAACGUUGCGACAUGAGAGCGGGUCCAGACUCCGGUUGUUCUGGAGGAAGGGCGGGCUUCUACACAACGGUUGGCGCAACUGGAGUCGUAUCGUCUACGAACAUAGACAUUGCCCAGGAGGGUAUGCUAUACAGCAUGUUGAUUCAACUUGGUCCCGAAAGGACUAUCCGCCCUAAGGAGGACAUCAUAUGUCGCUGCUUUUCUAGUAGCCUUUCGUGAUUCCCGGCUCGAGCCUUGUCAUGUUGGUCUUCCCGCUCACUGACCCAUGUUGAGAUGCACGCCGUAUGAAUACAUAUGUUCGAUUCCGUUUAUCC